AUGAUCUCCGUGCUCCAGGACUACAAAGGGCUGGUCUUCCUGGGAGUCUUCCUCGGGAUGCCGGGAGUCCAGAUCCGCUAUUCAGUUCCCGAGGAGCUGGAGAAAGGCUCCUUCGUGGGCAACAUCUCCAAGGACCUGGGCCUGGAGCCCCACGAGCUGGCGGAGCACAGGGUCCGCAUCGUCUCCAGAGGUGGGGCUCAACUCUUCACUCUGAACCCUCGAAGCGGCAGCUUGGUCACCGCGGGCAGGAUCGACCGGGAGGAGCUGUGCGUGGGGUCCACCGAGUGUCAAUUAAACCUAGAGAUUCUGGUGGAAGACAUGGGGAAAAUAUACGGAGCAGAAGUCGAGGUGAGAGACUUUAACGACCACGCUCCCUCCUUCCGCGAAAGCGAAUUAGAAAUCAAAACGAGCGAAAGCGCCGCCGCCGGGAUGCGGUUCCCUCUUCCCCACGCUUGGGACCCGGGCGUCGGGAAGAACGCCCUUCAGAGCUACCGGCUGAGCCCGAACGCGCGCUUCUCGCUGGAGGUGCGGAACGGGGCCGACGGCCGCAGGUACCCGGAACCGGUGCUGGAGUGCGCGCUGGACCGCGAGGAGGCGGCGGCCCGCAGCGGCAGGGCGCGCGUGCGCGUGACGGUGGUGGACGCGAACGACAGCGCGCCCGAGUUCGCCCGGUCCGGGUACCGCGCGAGCGCGCCGGAGAACGUGGCGGCGGGCGCUCGGCUGCUGCGCGUCCCCGCCGCCGACCCCGACGAGGGAGCCAACGCCCGCGUGGCGUAUUCCUUCCGGUACGUGGACGACAAGGCGGCCGCCGUGUUCAAGCUCGACAGUGAUAUUAAGGGGACAAUAUCAACAGCAGCGGAGCUGGACCACGAGGACUCGGGUUUCUACGCGAUGGAGGUGCAGGCAACGGACAACGCGGGCCACUCGGCGCGGGCCAAGGUCCUGGUCACAGUCCUGGACGUGAACGACAACGCCCCCGACGUGGCCAUCACGUCCCUCGCCAGCUCCGUUCCGGAAAACGCUCCCCGAGGGACUCUGAUCGCCCUUCUAGACGUCAAGGACUGAGACGGGGGGGGAAACGGACGGGUCGUCUGCUCCAUCCGGGAGGGUCUGCCCUGCAGCCUAGUCACGGACGCGGUCCUAGACCGAGAACAGGUGCCGAGCUACAACACAACGGUGACCGCAACCGGGGGCAGUCCGCCGCGGUCCACCCACACCCACCUGUCGCUGGCCGUAGCCGACGCGAACGACAAACCGCCCGGUUUCCCCCAGGCCUCCUACUGGGCCAUCCCGGAGAACAACCCCGGAGGGGCCUCCAUCGCGUCCGUCGCCGCCCGCGACCCCGACAGCGACGAGAACGCCCAGGUCACUUACUCCCUGGCGGAGGACACCCGCCCGGGCGUCCCCCUGUCCUACGUCUCCAUCAACGCGGACACCGGCGUCCUGUUUGCACUGCGCUCCUUUGACUACGAGCAGUUCCGAGACCUUCAGCUGCGAGUGACGGCGCGGGACAGCGGGGACCCGUCGCUCAGCAGCAACGCGUCCCUCAGCCUGUUCGUGCUGGAUCGGAACGACAACGCCCCCGAAAUCCUGUACCCCCCCCUCCCUACCGACGGCUCUACCGGGGUGGAGCUGGCGCCCCGCUCAGCGGAGCCUGGCUAUCUGGUGACCAAGGUGGUGGCGGUGGACAGGGACUCCGGGCAGAACGCCUGGCUGUCCUACCGCCUGCUCAGGGCCAGCGAGCCGGGGCUCUUCUCGGUGGGGCUGCACACGGGCGAGGUGCGCACGGCUCGGGCCCUGACGGACAGGGAUGCGCUCAGGCAGAGCCUCGUCGUGGCCGUGCAGGACCACGGCCAGCCCCACCCCCCCGCCACUGUCACGCUCACUGUGGCCAUCGCCGACAGCAUCCCCGACGUCCUGGCGGACCUGGACAACCUAGAGUCCCCUUCCGCCUCCGAAACCUCAGGGCUCUCGCUCUAUCUGGUGGUGGUCGUAGCUGCGGUCUCCGGCGUCUUCCUGGUCUUUGUUCUGGCGCUGCUGGCGCUCAGGCUGCGGCACUGGCACUCACUGCGCCUGCUCCGGGCUGCGGGCCCGGGAUUGGCUGACGCGCCAGCCUCCCACUUUGUGGGCGUGGACGGGGUGCUAGCUUUCUUGCAGAGCUACUCGCUCUAGGUCUAGCUCACCGCGGGCUCCCGAAAGAGUCCCUUGAUCUUCCCGCAGCCCAACUAUGCAGACCCGCUCAUCAGCCGGGAGAGCUCCGAGAAGAGCGAGCCUCUCUUGUUACCCGGCAAUUCGAUAUUUUCUAAAGAUAACCGUGCGUUAAUUCAGGUGAGUCUGUUCUGA